UCUGGCUGGGAUUGGCGCUUUGUAUUGGUCCUUCUUUCUUCCUCUCUUCCUCUACUUCUGAGAGGAACCUCGUUUCCGUUUCUGGCCAAAGAGACCUCGGAGGCAGCUGAGGAGAUAAAGGUGCUGGGACUGCUGUGGCUCGCACCUCCCCCCUUUCCUCCCACUUAAGUGUUCUCCCGGGGGACUUUUUUCUCCCUCGGGCUCUCUCUCUCAGCUUUGACACGUCUGUGCUUCCCCUCUGACCUAGCCUAGAAAAAGGCUCAGCCCCUGGGAGAUGCUCUAAGAGACGGCUCUCCUCUCCGAGAGCCCUGAGAGGCUGGAGGAUUCGAUUGGCACAGCCGGCUCAGCUGGAAGGAGAAAGAUGGGCUCCUGUGGUCAGGGAUUCAUGCUGGGAUGCUGCCUGCUGCUGGCCAUCACCUGGGGCCCCGUCCUGAGCCUUGUGCCACGUGUUCAGGAGGAACAACAGGACUGGGAAGAGACAGAGGAACUGCCAUCUCCUCUAGAUCAUAUGAUGAGGCCUGAAGAAACACAGGAGAAGCAUAGCCCCAGCCAGGGCGAGGACCUCCCCACUGCCCGGUGCUACCGAUGCUGUGACCCCAGCACUCCUGUAUACCAGACCAUCCCUCCACCCCAGAUCAACAUCACCAUCCUGAAAGGUGAGAAAGGUGACCGAGGGGAUCGAGGCCUCCAGGGGAAGUAUGGCAAAAUAGGUUCUACGGGUCCCAGGGGCCAUGUUGGCCCCAAAGGGCAGAAGGGGUCCAUUGGCGCUCCUGGGAACCACUGCAAGGGCCAGUAUGCAGCCUUCUCCGUGGGCCGAAAGAAGGCUUUGCACAGUAAUGACUACUUCCAGCCCGUGGUCUUCGACACGGAGUUUGUGAACCUCUACAAACACUUCAAUAUGUUCACCGGGAAGUUCUACUGCUAUGUGCCGGGCAUCUACUUCUUCAGCCUCAAUGUGCACACUUGGAACCAGAAGGAGACGUACCUGCACAUCAUGAAGAACGAGGAGGAGGCGGUGAUCCUGUAUGCACAGGUGAGCGACCGCAGCAUCAUGCAGAGUCAGAGCCUGAUGCUGGAGCUGCGUGAGGAGGAUGAGGUAUGGGUGCGUCUCUUCAAGGGUGAGCGUGAGAAUGCCAUUUUCAGUGACGAAUUCGACACCUACAUCACCUUUAGUGGCUACCUGGUCAAGCCGGCCUCUGAGCCCUAGCGGACACCUCCUGUGGAGCUUCCACGGACUGCUGACCUCCUUGCCUGGCACCCCGACCUAUCCCUGCAUUCUACAGACACUGGAGUCCUGCCCCAGACUGACCCCAUCGUCUCUCUGCUCCAUCCUGGCUUCCUUGGCCUUGGCUUCCAAAGUUUUGGUUUUUGACAAGAUGCCCUUGGCCACUGGGAAGCCCAAAGGACCGUGCGGUCCCAGAUCUGGCUGCUACUCUAAGCAGAGAGCUGCCGGUGGAUGAAAUCAUUGGGCGGGGAGCCUGUGAGGACAUUGGGGGGCCUCCAGCUCCUUCUGUGUACACAGCCUUAGACGACCCUGUGCUGUGUUGGCCUGUGGCCACAGGGUGUUCCAGAGCACAGCCCCUGUGUGUUCUCAUUCCUGGAUGCAAGUAAGCAAAUGUCAUGGGUUUCUUAGGAACAAAGUAAAGCAGAGAAGAGAAAGGAAGGUGGUGUUAGUUCUGGCUUUCCAGCCAGCUGGAAAGAGGGGGAGGGGUUGUACUGGGGAAACUGAGGCACAGGAAAAGCAUGAACGGCAACAGAGGAGCUAUAGUUUGUGGAUUUGGAAACCACAUCUGACUUAACUCUAGGCCACGUAUGAGCUUUCCUGGGGACAGCAGGACUGACCUCUGAGCUCUGUUGACAUGCUAUAACCUUGCCCAGGGGCUUGUCAGUCUUUCUGAGCCACACUAAUAGAAGGGUUGGGGGAGGGCAGCAAGUGUCCUCUAUGGUGGACUCUGGGCUGGUGGCAGCAUCCUGCUUGCGCCAACUCACAGGAUCCUGACAGUGGCUGGAGACCUCAGGAAUCCCUGCAGCUUUCUCUGUAAGAAAUAAAGCUCCUACUAUGUCCCAGUGCCUCUCUGCUCUGCUCCACUUCUCCAGCCACUCUAGAGCCCAGGGCGGGCAGGCUUCUUGCCUGUUGGGGCAUCAGUUCCCCCGUUCCUCCUUCCAUGGAAGGGCCAGGCCUCUGAUUUGGGUUCCCAAAUUGCCCCUCGCCACCCCCAGUGUCCUGCUUUCCUCCCAGUUCAGCAUCCUGUCUCGGUACUCGAUGCGUUAACCUGCUAGAGCUGAUGAUGAGUCUGAUAGACCUGCCCAGCCCUGACACAGCCCUAGCCAGCCUAUGGCCAUGUGAGAGGGACCUCCUUUGGGUCCCAGAGCUGGGGUAGAGCUAUACAAAUCUACCUAUUUCUGGGUCGGUCCCUAAGUGGUAGAAGAGGAAACAGGAAAUGCAUAUCCGGGCCACCAACUCCGACUCAGGGAUGGCCUCGGGCCUGAUUCUCUGAUUGCAGAGAACCUGUGUUCUUUCCCCAUCUCAGCCAUGCUGAUCCCCAGGGCCUGGGCCACUGGAUAUCUGCUUUGUGCCAGCUUGGCCUUGCUUGCUGCUUCCCGGUGGCCCUUGGUUAGGAUUGCUCUCUUCUCCUUCUGGAGCUCCAUGCGUGCAUAUGUCACCUCCGAAGGGGCUUCUGUUGGUCAGACUCUCCCAACCACUUUUCACGGGCAUGCCCACAGCGGAGGCUGCUGGCCUCCUGUGCUCUUUCCAGAAAACAUUAAACUUGCCACAGCGAUCCACAGCAA